UAAACAAGGGUCCUUGAACAAAAUAUACGGAGAUUACCCGCACAAUGGUAACCUGAGCUAAGAUAAGAAAAUGAAAAUACCAAAAAGGAAGCUAUUUCUUCUAAUCAUUUUUGCAUAUGUGGCCUUUUCGCUCUAUGCCGCUUAUAAUGUGUUCUUUAGCAACAAAGUAAUUUCCCGCGUUCACCGGGUGGUGGUGAAGAAAGACAGCAUCGCACCAGCGGGUGGUGUCAGAGAUGGCGGGGCCCCUUUUGUAGCAGAUGAGUGGAAUCCGUGGGAGGAUGAGGAGGUGGAGUACAAUUCAGCUUUAAACAAGAAGAGACAGGCUUUCAAGCAGUACAUGGGUCGAAUUGACAGAAAUAAACCCAAAAGUUACAAGAUUCAAAUCUGGGGGAAAGCUGCAAUAGGGCUGUACCUUUGGGAACAUAUUUUAGAAGGACCCCUUAACCCAACUGACAAAGUAGCACAGUGGAGGGAAGGAGAGCUUCAGUUAGGAAAAGUCGAUUUCAGUUUUUACACCGGCCCAGCAGUGGUUCAGGGACACGUUCCUCUGGAAAUGAACAGCCUGGUUUUGGUUCUCAACGGCCGAGAACAGCAGAAGGUGUCUUACUCCAUGAGGUGGCUGGAGCAUGUUCAAGCUUUGGUUCAGUCCAACACGGUAUCGCAUGUGGCGGUGGUGCUGCUGGGCAACGAACAAUGCAACAACGACUGGAUCGCCCCGCAUUUGAAGAGAAACGGCGGCUUUGUAGAUCUCUUGUUCCUGGUCUACGACAGCCCGUGGGUCAACGACAAGGAUGUGUUCCAGUGGCCUCUGGGUGUUGCAACAUACAGAGAGUUUCCUAUGAUCAGAGCCAAUGCACAGCUGAUAACCUCCAACCGGCCAUACCUCUGUAACUUCCUGGGUACUGUUUACAAAAAUUCCUCCAGGGAAGUCCUGAUGAAUGUGCUGAAACAGUCUGGCCUAGAUAAGGAAUGCCUCACAGCUGCCAGGGAAAAAUGGCUUCCCCAGGAAACGGCUGACAGUCUGAGACGCUAUCAGACGGCUCUGGCCCAGAGCGAGCUCACCCUAAGCCCGGUGGGAAUCAACACAGAGUGCUACCGCAUCUAUGAGGCAUGCUCGUACGGCUCGGUGCCCGUCGUGGAAGAUGUCCUCACUCCUGGGAACUGUGCAGCAGGUUCUGGCUCCCCACUACGGCUCCUGAAAGCUGCAGGGGCGCCCUUCAUCUUCAUCAGCGACUGGAGGGAACUGCCGGCCAUCUUGGAGAGAGAGAGGGGAAUGAGCCAUGAGCAAAGGGUGGACCGGAGGAGGAGGCUGCUCGACUGGUACUCUGGCUUUCGUCAGCAGAUGAAGGAGAGGUUCACUGAGGUCAUAGAAGAGAAUUUUUUCAAAACCGUCUGACUGGUGCUUUUAAAUCUCAACAUGGUUAACAUUAAUUGCUUUCAAUUUCAUUUAUUCUGUUUGUGGCAAAACGUGAUGUACUUCUGACAUAGUGAACGGGGUUAUGUGCAGUGAUGUACUCUGAGGUUGGUCUAAAAAAACGUUUUGUGGUCAAAUUAUAAAGGUUGCCAUUAUUACUAUGUAAUUUGUAUAGUUUUAUUGAAAUGUUUACAGCUGUGGGAUGUGCAGGCAUUUAGAAAUCACUAAUUGUAAGCUGCCUUUGCAUUUCAUUGUCCAUAUGUUUUGUUUGAAUUUAAGUUUUGUGGUUUUUAUGCACUGGAAAUUGUUUUAUUUUUUCAAAAGAAAUAGUGUUGAAAAACGUGCUUUUAAGUUUUAAAUGUAAAAAACACUUUAAAUACAGUCCCUUUUUUAUUAUGAGAACCUAUAAAGGAAUGUUGAUGUGUGAUAUCUACUUUUAUGAUUGAAAGUGACGUUUUCAUUUGUUUACAUUUCUAUUCUAUUUAUUUUGAGUUCUGUUGUGCAUGAGCUUUUUAAAAAUAGUGCGGUCAAAUAAAGUGGAGUCUUAUCUAAAGGAAUUUUGAUUGAUUUAGUUAUGGGCUUUACUUAAAAUGGUUCUACAUUAGUACACUGC